AUGUCCAAUGAGCAUUCCGGAGCUGAAACUAGCCUAUUAGGCUUAAGAUUGAAUAAAGAUGAAUUGCUUAAGAUGAUCCGGAAAGAGUUUUCUCAAGAUAUUAGAGCAAAAGGAAGAUACGAACCUACUAUUGCUUCUCUUAAUGUUCCGGACACACAAUCUUCUGUUACAACGCUACCACUAAAGCCUUCCAAAUUAUAUGCUCACAUUCUCAGAAUUGGGACUUGGCAGUGGACGUCGAGGUAUGAUGGAGAUCUUGUUGCAAAGUUUUACUAUGCAAACAAUAAAUUGGUCUGGGAGAUUCUCGAUGCAGGUCUAAAGAGGAAGAUUGAGAUAAAUUGGGAGAAUAUAUCUGCCUUGAAGGUGAUUUGCCCAGAUGGUGGACCUGGAACUCUCGAGAUUAUGUUGUAUCAGAGGCCAAGAUUUUUUAGAGAAACCAACCAGCAGCCAGGAAAGACUACAAUGUGGCUAGGGACCAAAGAUUUUACUGGUGGGCAAGCAAGCAUACACAGAAGGCAUGUUCUGCAGUGUGCAGCAGAGAUAUUGAACAAGCACAUUGUGCUACUCCUCUCCAGUAACUAUCGUCUAUAUUCAUUGAGCCAGGAAGACAAUAUUGUUCAGCUUGAUCCUUAUUUUGAGCAAGGGUAUUCAGAGUCUCAAGUUCCUGAGAGUUCCAACGCCAAUGAUUUAUAUCACUGUUAUGGUUAUCAACGGUUUUGGGGACAAAAAUUUGGGGAGAAGGUUUCUAUGUCAGUUGGAACAAACAUUGGUGAAAGAAAUCAUAAUGGAUCCCAGAAUGGCAUGUCUACACUCGACCCAAGCUCAGCUUCUGGUCGUUCCUUAGUGGCCACAGGAGCCCCUUCUGGUGGCCUCCAACAGCACACAAACAUGAUUAACCGGUGCAGCACCUCGUCCUUGCAAAAAUCUACACAGAAUCCUUAUCUUGAACAAUGGCGCUCAGAACCUGAAAUCCUAGAGAAUUCCAGUGCACAAGAUUUAUAUCGUCGUAAUGAUUAUCAACAAUUUGUGGGACCACAAUUCAGAGAAACAAUUCCCAUGUCAAUUGGAACAAACAUCAUAGGGAGAAAUCAUAAUGGAUUGCUGAAUGGCAUGCCUAUACUGACCCGAUGCUCAGAUCUUGGCCAUUCCUCUGCGGUCACAGGUGGUCCUUCAGGUGGCCUUGAGCAGCACAGGAACAUGCUCAAUUGGAGUCGCGUAUCCUCAGAAACGCUUCACCAGGCACAGCUCAAUUUCUCCAGUGGCCGUGCCCCUGUGUUCACAGAAACUAAUUCUGGCGGCCUUCAACAGAGUAGAAACAUGUUCAACAGUAGCAGCUCGUCCUUGCAAACGACACCUUGCAAGAUCGUCUCCAGUGGUAGCAGGAUCAUGGACGACGAUGCUGACAGCCAUGUAUGUCCAGAAGACGUCAGGAAGCUCGUCAAGGACGACAUUAUUAGGCGAAGCAGCAUGAGGGAGCUGGAGUUAAGCCACUAUGCUUUCAACAACACUACAACAACACAGAGCUUCAAGAAGAACGUCAGUUCAGCAACAAUGGACGACGCGAUGGUGAUUGAGAAGAUAUCCCAUGAUCUCCUUGACGACAUCGACAUGGAGAUGGAGCCAACAGGCGCGGCUGAAGAUGCCAUACUAAUGUCAACGAUGAUCAACUCCCUCUCCAACCUGCUCCAGCCACAGGAGGUGGAUCCAGAUGCAGGAAGCAGUGGCACCGGAGGUGUGGCAGCUCGUGAGAACUCAUCAGGCCUGUAA